CUUCCAACCCAAACAACAAAAAACCCAUAUGAUUCAGCACAUACACUCUCUUCUUCUUCGUUCUCUCUGUGUUCUCGAUCUCCGAUCGUCAACUUCCUAGUCCGACAGAUCUUGUUUGAGAAAAAGAGAAAGCAACGAUGUCGGGGCAAACGCAGCGUCUGAAUGUGGUUCCCACAGUGACGAUGCUGGGAGUGGUGAAGGCUCGUUUGGUGGGAGCAACGAGAGGCCACGCGCUUCUGAAGAAAAAGAGCGACGCGCUCACGGUGCAGUUCCGACAGAUCCUGAAGAAGAUCGUGUCCACGAAGGAAUCAAUGGGCGACAUCAUGAAAACCUCGUCCUUUGCCUUAACCGAAGCCAAGUACGUUGCUGGCGACAACAUCAAGCACGUGGUUCUCGAGAAUGUUCGAGAAGCUUCUCUCCGUGUCCGUUCCCGGCAGGAGAAUGUCGCCGGCGUUAAGCUGCCGAAGUUCGAUUACACCUCCGACGGUGAGGUCACGAAGAAUGACCUCACGGGAUUGGCACGUGGCGGCCAACAGGUUCAGCAGUGUCGUGCUGCUUACAUAAAAGCCAUUGAGGUUCUUGUUGAGUUGGCUUCUCUUCAGACCUCUUUUCUGACCCUUGAUGAAGCCAUCAAAACCACCAAUCGUAGGGUCAAUGCCCUUGAGAAUGUGGUUAAGCCUCGCCUUGAGAAUACCAUUAGUUAUAUUAAGGGUGAGUUGGAUGAGCUUGAAAGGGAGGAUUUCUUCAGGCUCAAGAAGAUUCAAGGCUAUAAGAAGAGGGAAAUUGAGAAGCAGAUGCAGUUGUCUAAGGUUGAUAAGCUUCCUUUGCGCAAAGGGGUUGCUUUCAAUUCUGGUCAUAACUUGUUGUCUGUUGCAACUGAGAAAGAUGAUGAUAUUAUUUUCUGAAUCUAGCUUUAUGUCUUGGUGUGUUGCUGCUGCUGCUUCUGCUGGUGCUGGGUGAGAUGAGACUUAUUUACAGUUGUUUAGGUGACAGUGACAAUGUUUCUGUAUCAUGAAUAAAGGUGCUUAGUAUAUGUUUAUUUAUUUCUUUGUUAAUUAAGGGCAAAAUUUUUAUAAUGUUAAGAGUUAUUGAGACAAUCAUCAUUUUAAAGCAUGGUUCUUGGCUGAUCUUAUGAGAGUUUUAAGUUUUGUGAUUAGCUGUAAUUUCCUUUCAAAUUAUAUUGCGUCUCAAUGGAACAUAUGGUUGAAGCAGGAGUUAUGGAACUUGUGGAAAAGCAUAU